GUGGGUGAACGUGUCUCCCCACAGCGAGCGCCGGGGGCCCCCCCAGGAUGCUGCGGAGAUGGAGCUGGGCGCUGGCGCUGGGUGUGAGCAUCACCCUCAGCUUCGGCCUCUCCGUCCUGUGGAGGAUUCAGAGCCCCGAGGCCCCGGUGAUGGGGGCGGAGCAGUGCCGGGCGCCGGAGCAGAACUGGAGCACGGGGAGCCUCCCCGCCAGGCGGGAGCAGGGCUGGAUCCUGAGGCAGCUGAAGCUGGUGCAGAGCUGCCCCUGGGUGCAUAACGCCAGCGCCCUGGGGCAGUACAGGGAGCAGCUGGGGCGCUGCUGUAACGCCUCAGCCGACCUGGUGCUGACCCACAACAACACCCGGCUGGGCUCCCAGAUCCUCUACGACGCGCAGCAGGGCAAGAAGCACCCGGUGAAGGAGGAGCUGCUGGAGGUGCUGCCGCAGGGCUCCCCGUUUCAGGACGCCCCCUACGAGUGCUGCGCCGUGGUGGGGAACGGGGGGAUCCUUCGUAACAGCAGCUGCGGCCCCGAGAUCGACCGCGCCCAGUUCGUCGUCAGGUUCAACCUGCCCCCCCCGGGCUUCGCCGCCGACGUGGGCACCAAAUCGAGUGUCGUCACCAUGAACCCCAGCAUCCUGCACGUCCGGUUCAGGGGUCUGAGCCGCCGGCGCCGGCCGUUCGCGGAGGCGGUGGGUGCCCACGGGUCCGCGCUGCUCCUCGUCCCGGCCUUCAGCUUCGCCGCCUACACCGCGAUCUCGUUCCAGGCCCUCUACACCCUGGAGGACUUCGGCUCCCCGGCCCGCGCCCUCUUCAUGAACCCCGAGUACCUGGCACGGCUGGACGGGCACUGGCGUCGCCGCGGCCUGCGCCCCAAGCGCCUCUCCUCCGGCUUCAUGCUGGUGAGCGCCGCCCUGGAGAUGUGCCGGCACCUCACCCUCUACGGCUUCUGGCCCUUCCCCAGCGACCCCCAGGGGCGGCCCCUGCCCCACCACUACUACGACGACCAGCCCCCCAAGCCGGGCUUUCACGCCAUGCCCGAGGAGUUCAUCCGCUACCUGGGCAUGCACCGGCAGGGCGCGCUGCGGCUGCAUCUGGGGCGGUGCCAGGCGGCCGCGCACAACGGGGCUCAGAGCGGGGUCUGA